AGAACCUUUGAUCAGCUUUCCAAUAUCAAAUCAACACCAGAAUGGCGGACAUUAUUAACGACUCGAUAUUUGGUCAAUGGGAAACAAAAGUAUUCACUGGAAUUAACAUUUCCAUGGAUCUUUCCCGUGAUUCUAAGGAAGAUAACAAUACUAACCCUCACACUCCUGCAUACGGAAGUCUUGUCCCUAUAGGUGUUCAGGUUCUCAUGUAUAUUAUGUACAUAGCGAUAUCCCUGGCAGCUAUAGGUGGGAACGGGAUUGUUUGUUAUAUUGUGCUCUCUGAUCCACGGAUGCGGACUGUAACCAACUUUUUCAUUGUUAACCUUGCUGUCGGUGACAUUUUAAUGGCCGUUCUGUGCAUUCCUUUCACCUUCGUGGUCAAUCUUAUUCUUGGACAGUGGCCAUUCGGUGCUGUUUUCUGUGUGAUUUUCACUUAUGCCCAAGCCGUCUCUGUAUUUGUUAGUGCUUACACGUUAAUAACAAUUAGUAUAGAUAGAUACAUCGCUAUCAUUAAGCCCUUGCGGCCAAGAAUGACUAAGUUGCAGGCUAAGCUGCUGAUUCUUGCAGUAUGGUUAGUGGCGCUGUUAACACCCCUACCGACAGCCAUUGUUUCCAAGUUAGUUCCACAGAACGACACUGAGGGUUAUCGUUGUACCGAAGAUUGGAGUACACCAAUACAAAGAUAUUACUACAGCAUGGCCCUUAUGCUUCUACAGUAUUUCCUUCCUUUGAUUGUACUUAUCUUCACCUACACCAGGAUCGCUAUUGUUGUAUGGGGAAAGCAAACUCCAGGGGAGGCCGAAAACAUCCGCGAUCAGCGACUGGCUGCUUCGAAACGAAAAAUGAUAAAAAUGAUGAUCACCUGUGUCACAGCCUUCACCCUGUGUUGGCUACCCCUUAACACUCUGCUAGUCGCCGGAGACCAUAACCCGAGCAUCUAUUACUUCCCACACAUUGAAUACAUAUGGUUUGCUUGUCAUUGGCUAGCAAUGAGCCAUGCUUGCUGCAACCCUUUCAUUUACUGCUGGAUGAACUCCAAAUACAGAGCAGGUUUUGCUCGUGUCUUCCACUUCAUUUGUUGUAUGCCCCUGCGACAACAUCCUGAUAACCCCCUUCACUCCUUUGUUGCAUCAACUGACUAUAGACAGUCGCAGAGCACUAGGCGUGGCCAAGCAUUGACAAACAACGGCCACUGCAGAGCGCAGCCUAGAAAGGUGCACGUCUAG